AUGACCCUCAUGAUUCUCAAAGCCCAAAAGGGCACUAUCCAACACCACACAUGGGGUGCCACCACACAGGAUCAUGAUAUCAUGGAGAAAAGCAAGUCUUUCCCAGAAUACUCCUGCUCUUACACUGAAUUUGGUUUCAGUGAACGGUCAAACUCAUAUAAUUUUAAUGGGCCAACCCAGAAGGGAAGUGGGUUUAGUGCAUCAAAUGAUCCAGAGCUCAAGAGGAAGAAGAGAAUCAAGGCCUAUAAUGUGUUGACAGUUGAAGGAAAGCUUAAAACAAGUGUCAGAAACAGCUUCAAGUGGAUCAAGAACAAGUUCAGUGACAUUCGCUAUGGUGUGUGA